AUGGUGGGAACGCUUUAUAGGAAUAACAAAAACUUGUUUGAAGAAAACAUUAGGCAGAUCUUACGUUACCAUGGAUACACUUCAAAAAUUCUGACAGAAAUAGAAGCGAUCAUUAAUGAUAGACCAUUGACCUACGUAUCACCGGAUAUUGAGGACGAGGAGCCGUUAACUCCGUCACAUUUGCUGUACGGAAGAAGAAUAACUUUAACGCCGUAUCCACAACCGAAUAUUGAAUACAUUGCCGUGAAUAGUGGAAAACAAGAACUGCAUAAACAUUUGAAUAAACAGUCGAGUUUAAUGGAGCAUUUUUGGAACCGGUGGAAAUCCGAGUACAUAACGACCCUGAGAGAGUUUCAUCGCAAAACAGGAAACAAUUUACAAACUAUUCAAGUUGGAGAUGUAGUGCAAGUCCAAGAUAAUAAAUUACCGAAAAACCGAUGGAACAUUGCCGUUGUUGAUGAAUUGAUCACCGGAAACGAUGGUUUUACACGAGCAGCUAUAAUACGAACUAGUGCAGGACGUACUUCACGCCCUAUAGUAAAACUGUACCCGCUCGAAAUCCGAACAAACAUAAACAAUUUAGAUGACAAAAAAGAUGAUACUUCAACAGAGGGAUUGACAAGAAUUCUACCAAAACGAGAGGCAUCUGUCCGAGCUCGAGAGAACAUAAAGAAAUGGACUACCCAAAAGCGAACUACUAGCUGA